AGUGGAUUUGUAAGAAGCGGUUUUUGAAGCUCUCGAGGAUGGAUUGGAGCGGGUUUCUCUGGCUAGUAAGCGAGGAGUUGCAAUUGAAAAACCCGGAAUGGAAUUAAAUCGUAUGUGAUGGGAAUGGGAAUAGUGAUAAUGGAAUGGGAAAUCUCUUCAGCUCCGCGCCACUCAAGUAAGAGAUUCCAGUCCUUUCCAGGCUUUCAGUUUUGUUUUGUUUUUGUUGUUGUUGUUUUUUCUUUGGCGGAUAAGAAAUAUACGAAUUAACUUGACUAUGGUAACUUUAAUUUCUUCUUUGAAACUUUAUUUACUCUGUAUCUUGUGCUUUAAUUUUAUGCAUCAUAAACAGUACAUAAAUUCGUUUGUUUAUUAAGCAGUAAUCAUCAUUGCUGUUUGAGCUAGACAGUCGACAGCUACCUUAUAUUUUCACCUUGUAUCCCUCCAAUAAUUUAAGUAAUUUCUGAGUGACCUUUUUGAACUGUUCAUGGCCAGUAAACAGCGCGAGCCUAAUAAAACGGUCUUGAAUCCGCGCGCGGAGAGCUGAACCACAAGAGUGCGCGCGGAGGAGCAGCUCUUAGAACCGCACAGCAAGGACUGGAGACCGCUUCACGUGUAGCACCGAGAGGUCUGUGCGGAUACAGUCCACCUACAAUCUCACGGAGUAACGAUGGACCUCUGCGCAGACUGCAUUUGCCCUUCGGUGAGGAGCGCGCAGCACGCACUGCCGAGAUGAUGAGGGGAGCUAUGAGAGGUUACGAGGAGAAAGGGUCAGUGGUAACCUCGAGAUCGAAGAGCACACGUUAUGCUGAGAGCUGCCAAAUGGAUGCUGUUGAAAAAUGACGGGUUUUGAGCUCCAGAUCUGUGUGUGUAGGAAUACUGUGGAGCGGCGAGGACUGUUCCCCAAUGGAAUGCAGAAAAGACAGCGCAAUUGCCGCAGUGAAUGAAGUUGGUUGGUUUGUUGAUCCAUUCAUUAACGCAUGAUACUAACAGUAUACUUAACCAAAAGAGAUAACGACAUGCAUCAAAAGACAAGAUCUGUAAACAAACUCUUAUUUAUCUGAACAUCCGCGAAGUGCGUUCUCGUCGUCGGUGGGUGAUUUAAGCACAAAACGGCGCACGCUCAUAAUUCACGGUAUUGUUUUGAUUUGUUGAGCAGUUUUCCGAGUGUCUUCUUGAUCGCUAGUGUUCGUCAGCAGUCCUGAGCGGCGCGGGAUGGUGGAGACGCUGAGCAUCGCCGUCAUCGGAGCGCCUGGAGUCGGGAAAACUUCCAUCAUCCGUCAGUUUAUUUACAAUGACUUCUCCGAGACUUACACCCCCACCCAAACGCGAUACGUGUACAGACCCUCGGUCAUUCUUAACGGUGUUAUGUAUGACCUGAAGAUUUUGGAUGUCCCGCCAAUUUCCUCCUUUCCUUCAAGCCCAAGUCAGGAGUGGCUGGAUGCGCGGUGUAGAGGGGUCCGCAGCGCAAACGCCUACAUUCUGGUCUAUGACAUCUGCUGUGUGGAGAGCUUUGAGUAUGUCAAGAUGAUCCGACAGCAAAUUGUGGAUAACAGAGUGGGCAGCAGUAGUGAGGUGCCCAUCCUGGUGGUGGGCAGUAAGCGGGACCUUCAGCGGCAUCGGUUCACCCAGCGGAGGGCCGUGUCUGUCCUGGUGAAGAAAACCUGGAAGUGUGGCUAUGUUGAGUGCUCUGCUAAGUACAACUGGCAUGUGCUUUUGCUCUUCAAAGAGCUCCUGGGAAUAGCCGUGGCACGAGGACUGCGUCCGAACCACACCUCUAUCCGACUCCAAGGGGCAUUACAGAGGAACCGCUGUAAUGUCAUGUGAGAGAUAUGUAGCCUUUUUUGAAUUUAUGCUUAUUUAGGACCAGUUUGUCUUAUCAGUGUCUUAAUUAUCUGAUUUUAACUGGUCCUAAGUCAAUAUUGAACGCCAGCUUUGCUGUACCACAAGGAUGGAGCUUUGGGGACAAACUGUUAAUCAAAAUGGCUGGAAUAUUACCACCUAGGGGCCUCUGUAACUGAUGCAUUCAUCUGAUGGAUUACCUUUGAUACUACUGAUUUCACUUUUCUCCAGUGUACUCUAACAAACAGGAAAAAUGGAAGCAGAUAAGGAUUUUUUUUCUCAUUUUACCAAAGUCUGUCAGGGUCGGAGUAAGAUAUUUUAUCUGACUCAAACAGAGUAUAAUGUGUUUCCCCUUCUUGCUCAGAUUUAAAUUCAGAUGCUGUGGGUGCAAGUGUGAACGUUUUUAACUGUUGCUUGGAAACAGCUAUUAUACUUAUCAUUUAGAAAUAAUGAUGAGUGAAAGUUUAUUAACCCGUUGGAAUUAUCUGUAGUGCUCAUCAAAUUUGAACUUAAAUAUGAGAUGAUCUUUCCAUGUUAUAGUAUAAAUUCAAAACAAAACUACAAUGGAGGCACAGUUUAUCUGCGCUUUCACAGAAGCACUGACUUUAAAAUAAUUCCUGUCCUGUUACUCAUUGGCCAGUUUCCUUUUUGCAAAACUGCUUCAGGACAUUAAUAUUGAAGGAGCUGCAGGCUUCAAAUCCUGCCACAACAUUUCACUUCAUAAACCUUAUUAACCAUAUGCUGCAGCUCACAGACCGAAACCUCACCAUUCUCCAAUUCCAUUUGUAGUAAUUCAUUGGGCCACUUUACACAGACCCUGCAAAAGUGUAAAUAAUAUUCCUACAAUGUGGUUGGAACAGCUUUUUGAAUAGCAAAAUGGUUUUGUCCAUAAUGGCUAAAGGGGGUUGCACACUAGAAAAGAAGCGCUACACCGUGUCUUUAAAAUUUGAACAUAUGGUUUUCUAUGAGUGUACACACACCAGCAGCAUUAACUAGCUACGACUGAGGCUGUGUAUGCUGGAAGACUUUUGUGCAUUUUUUAGCAAAUGUUUGUCUUUCUGUGAGUUUGAUAAAGUCUGUAUGAUUUAUAUAGAGAGAUAUCAUGCCCUUUCUCUUUCCAUUUGCUUUAUUUUUUUCAAGAACCAAACUUUAAACUCAAGGGUGCCACUUUGUUGACCACCAUUCUUGAAGUGAAUUUUUGCCUGUUUGGUGAUUAGGUUGAGUGUUUACCAGUGAGUUGUCCUAGACACAAUGUGGCACUGCACUCCUGUUCUGCUGUGCGACUGCCUUUAAGGGGUCAUAUGAUGCGAUUUCAAGUUUUCCUUUCUCUUUGGAGUGUUACAAGCUCUUGGUGCAUAAAGAAGAUCUGUAAAGUUGCAAAGAAUAAGGUCUCAAAUCCAAGAUAUUCU